AUGAGUGGGCCUCCACCCCCAGGACAACACCCUCCACCACCCCCAGGACAAACCUAUCCCCAGGUAAGAAUCAAGUGUAUUAUUAUUAUAAUAAUAUAUGUUUUUUUGUGAAUUUCUUUUACUUUUGCAAUGUUGGUAUCCUGCAUAUGUAUUAUCUCGAACAAUUUGGAUUUGAGUAGCCUGUGGCACAGAUAAGAUAAUAUUACCAGCACUCCAGAAAUACUGUUCCAGUCAGUUCCAGAAGCACCCAUACCCCCCUCCUUGUGCAAACCCAUGGGCAUUUUACUUUUUUAAAAAAAUUUGGUCAACUUCCCUGCCAUGUUGGCAGUUUAGAUGGUCAAUUGCCCCUCCAGCUGGUACUUCACCCACCAUGUAUAAAAGCGACUGUUUGAAAAUUGUCCCAGUGGUUUAUUCAAAUCUAAAUAUCAUACUAAAACCCAACUGAAAUAUCUAAAGGCUCUGAAAACUGUCUUACAGGGGUUUGAAUAUUUUCAUUGAAUCUUUCAGAAUGCCCACAUUUAUUGGCUUUUUCAAAGGCUCUCAAAUGCUCCAACAAAACAGUGAAUAUAGGAGUAAUGAGCCAUGAAUGUGGUGCAUAUGCUUAAUAAAAGAAUUGUAAAAUCCUAAAAUGGAAAGUCAAAUUUCUUACCAGGUGGUCCUCAUUUUCAGUCACAUUCCCCACUGUAUGGGGCUAAACUCUAGUCAAAUGCCCAGGGUCUACCUGGGGGAAGGAGAGAAUAGGUAGUUUUGGAAUUGACUGGGACAUAAUUCCUGUAAAUAGAUUUGUAGCAUGUGCUGCAUAUGGAUCCCACAUGGAUCUUAGUGGCCUAAAACUUCAGGUUCCCCCAUACAUAUUUCUAUUUAACUCAUCGCCAAUUGAUGAGCUUGGGAACUGGUACCUAAAAGGUUAGCAGGGGAGGCCAACUGCGAAAAAUACAGCAAGGAGGUAACCAGGCAACCCUGAAGUGGGAACCACCCCUUCCAGCAGCCGCUAACUGGCACUGUCACACUGAGACAAUACUCAGUGGAAAAAAUACUUACCCAAGUGAGAUACUUACCGGCACACCCACGCAUGACAGCAGGGAGGGAGGAGAGGGAGCAAGAAUCCGCAAAGAUUCGCCAACACAAAGCAAAAGGUGAUCCGCAACAAUCAGCUAGAAUAGCUUGCAAAAUGAUGCAAAAGGAUAGCCCUGAAAACCCAAAAUGGGCCACCCCGCAUGACAUGCAUGCUAAUACAGGAACACUGCUGGCUGCAUUGGCUCGAUGUUAACUUAGCCUAAAUAAUAUUUAGCCACAUUAAAAUGAUUAUGUAUUUAUAUAACUUGGUUGGUGUCUGCAAUGACAUCAUCAAGCAACAAACUUGGUCCAUUCCCAGUGUUUUUCUGGCUAUUUUGGCAAUCAAGAAAUGCUUUUGGCCCUGAAUUUCUAUGGCAGAAGUAUUUUGCAAACAAAAUCAAAGUAACUGUGACUGCUGGCUUUAAAAUAGUAGUGAAAAGUGAUAUAAAUGAACACUGUCAGGGCAUCAUUCUUCAGAAACAAUUAGUUUGCUUCUGUAAGUGCAUUUCAGUCAAGCCUUUUAUUGCCAAAACCAACCUUUUCUCCCUGAAGUCUGCCUUUGAAUUCAUUGUGCACCAGGGCAAACCCACCAUUAACUUGGCACUUUCCCCACUGAUGGAUCAAAGACUGGUUUCAGCUCUGUAUGUUGGUCAUUGAACCUGAGUUGAGUUUGCAUUUGAACUUUUGGUGUUAGAAAAAAGUAGAAGAUAAGAGACAAAGAAGUAGGAGUACUUAAAACUGGAUAUUUGCAUCUAUUUCAAUUCUGUUGUGGCUUAACUAAGUGAUGCUAUACAUACCAUGUUUUGCAUCUGUUGUUCUUGUUCCCCUCAUUCACGUAUUAACAAUCAUGCUUACCUUAGUUUGUAUUCUUAAUUGACUGCAGGGAGCUGUUCCACCCCCUUUUGGUCCUCCAGGGGCAGGAUUCUAUCCUGGUGGCCCCCCACCCUACACUUGCAUACCCACUCCUGCACAUGCUGCCUAUCCGGUAGGUUUUCAUAUCCUUUAUUACUCAUGAAAUAACCUUCAUUUUCCCUUUCCAAUCAAAAUUAAAGCACUCCAACCUGUGACCAUAAUUAUUGGUUUCCAAAAAUUGGCUACUAAAAUUGCAGCAAAGAUUAAAUCUCUAAGUCAUGAUACUCCUGGCAUUCAUGUUAUUUACCUUUCACAUAAUAGCUAAGUGCCUUUUUUUCAGGUAGCUAAUAUCGUCUGGUGACCAUUUUAUAAUUUUUGGUUGCCAAAUGGAAACUUUCAAGGAAGUUGAAUUCAGAGCAUUGUUGCAUCACUGUUUUUCAGGGUUCUUACACAAUUGCACAAAUUGUGUUCACAACUGCGAGGAUCAUUCGUCAUUUGAUUUACAGAUUUAUUAACUAUUACAAGCAGUUAAUAUUUCAUUUUCUAAGCAUGCUUAGUUAAACAAUUUUUAGCGAGUCUUUCCUAACAUUUUUUCACAUUAUCUUGCAAGUUGAAUCAUAGAAGGAUGUCACCACAUGCAAAGUUUUGAAGUUGAAAUAGCUCAUUAACUAUAACCUGAGCAACCUUUAGCUCUUUUGAAUUUGUUAACUUGUCGAUAAGCAAUAAUGAAAAUGGAGGGUAGGUGCCAAUUGUGAGCAAUACGAGCAAUAAGCAAAUGAAUGUGGGCAAAAUGCCAAUAAAGGGGGAGGGGGGUACCAUGGCAGUCUCCAUUGGUCACCUCCCCCUGGCACUUUUCACACUAAUCUCUCAGUGGAGAAUAAAGAACACAAAAGAACUUACCCUAAACCUGAACCUAGGUGUUUCAAAGAACCAAGAGGUGGGUGGGAGGGGCAGAACAAAAGGCAAAAAAGCAGCAAGGCAACUCAAAGCAAGCCACAAGGGCAAAACUAUGUGGCAAUGGCUUAAAUGCGCAUGCGCAGCUGCUGACAACAGGAAAUCUCUCAUGGUCAUUGACAAUCUCAUUAAACUUGUCGAUAAGCAGUAAUGAAAAUGGAGGUUAGGUGCCAAUUGUGAGCGAUACAAGCAAUAGGCAAAUGAAUGUGGGCAAAGUGCAAGUAAAGGGGGGUUACCAUGGCAACCUCCCACGGGUCACCUGCCAUGAAAAGGAACUCCAAGCUAGAUUGUGAGUGCUUUGAGAACGGAGGACCCGAUAUGAGGCAGCCAUGGGGCCCAACCCUCCUAACAAAGAAUUUCCAAGCGCAAGGUACCACCCUCCUGAAGCAAGGCAAAAUGGCCAGGAAACAUGAGUUGGCAAGAUUGAAGGGCAAUAGGCAACAGCUAAGGAAGCCAAGGCUUCCAACCGACAUAUGCAAACAGAUGCUACCAAAACGCUAGCAGUGACAAAAAAGGCAGUUAGCAACACUAAAUAAAAAUACACUCACCAAACUAAUCCACCAUAGAUUAGGCAGCGCAAGUAAUGAGGUCGGGAGGAGUUCAAAUACAUUGUUUGUAAGCAUUGCUUUUCCAACUGCCCAAAACUUGGAUGAGGUGAUCCAGAAUACCAGCCCUUGCAGUAGAAGUGGCUGCCCCAAUUCGGAAAGUGAGACUUGAAAAAUCGCCAGGCAGACCAGCAGAUAGAAAAAUAGCUCUUAAUCUGUCGGUAAGUAAAGAGCGAGAUAAAGGAAGGCCAUUCUCAAAAAGGAACAGGGGGCCAGGACGGUUACCCCGACACUCAAGGAAGGAGGCAGCUGCUUUAACUGCGCACAAAGGAGGAGAACUAGGCUCAAUCAAAAUGUUGCACCCUUUCCAGAACGGGUCAGUUUUAGAAGCUUUGAUGCAGAUCUGGAGGCAAGACAGAUUAAGAGGAACAUCCACAGCGAUAUCACACAGCGAUAUCAGAUAGAUGACGGCUAUGGUUGAAGACUGAAAGGCUGGGGAUGGUGAAUUCUGCUGACCUCAAAAACCCAAAAUAAGCCAGUAAACAGGCAGCCCAAAACAUAUGAUCAUCAAAUGAGUUGAGGUCCAAAGCCGAAUAAAUUAUGCAAAAAAUGUUACUAGAAAUUUGGUAGACGUGGGUUAGCAGGUAAAGAGCCCUGUGAACGCUUGAUUCCUCUGACAACUCUUUGAAGCGAAAGGCAGUUCUCUAAUGGGUUGGGGAAUCCUUGAUCCACAUGAAGAGACCAUACCGCAGAUAUAUACACCUUAAUAGAAGAGGACCGUGGAACGUGGCAAAAAAACACAGGGUCCAUUCAGAGCCUGGACAUGGAGAGCUGGAGGAGCUGACAUGACCAAUCGUGACACAGAAAUUUAUGAACUUUUGCUGAGCGCUAGAGUAGGUGCGGCAAGUUGAAGCAGCUAAGCCUUGGAACAUGAAGGAAAGGCAGUGAGCUUCUAUAUCACUAUGGAAAGCUGAGCUAAAAGCUGUGAAGAAAUGAAGACUGGAGACUUCUUGGAUCACGGUGCUUGAGAACGAAAUCCUUGUAAAUUGAAGCAAGACAAGGCAUCAGCUAUGCCGUUAGUUUUUCCUGGAACAAAACAGCCGCAAAGGUAAAAAUGAGGUAAGCUGCUACUUUGAGUAAGCUACGCAGCAAGUGCAUAAUGUUUGGGUCUUUUGAAGUCCAUGAAUUGAGAAUAUGAACCACUGCUUCGUUAUUGACGUGAAAGCUCACAGUCUCACAGUCCUUUCUCACCACACGGCCGAGCCUGACCUCAUUAGCUAGAUAGACAUCAAUCAGCCCUGUAUGUUGGCAGGCCAACAAUUUAUUUUUCCUUGCUGAUUUAAGAGUUACUAGUUUAUCCCAACCAAGUCUAAAGCCUUCCUUGAUACCCUGAAGAACGAAGUUAACCUUUGCCCUAUCAGGAUGGCUACUUUAUUCAGCCUCAAAUAACUCAACAUUAAGUGGAGUGACUUCCCCAACAGCUGGCUACAUCAUAGAUGAGCCUAGGACAAAAAUAGUAAGAACAACAAUGUGAUGAUAGUAAACUCAAUUUUCACCAAAUGUAUUGAACAAGCUAAACCCAACAACAAGACAGAUUCAAAUGUGAAUAAAAAAGACAAGUGAAAAGCCCAUUUUAAACAAAGGCACAACAAUUAAUGGCAUUUGUGGCACUUUGGUUCCUCAGGAUCCAGAGAGUGAGGAAGAGUUGAUUGCAAAGAAGUACAAGAAGUAGCUCGAUGAUCACCACCACACCUGCUACAUGCAUGGCGGAAUCGACAGUUAGGAUUGACAGCGAUGCAGUGACCUGCAUUCCAAGAAUGGCAAAUAACUUUACUAGUAGUGCUACCAGAAGCCUCUGCCUGGAAGGUGACUGGAUUGGCUGAAGCUGAGCGAGUACGAACUUGAGCGCCAGCUGUAUGGUAGUUGAAUAGCUGGACAUUCAUCGCGGACAAGUCAGUGAGCUUUACCGCGGCUGUGGCUGCCUGAAAGCCGGUCAUAGUUUAACCAACAAAAACUGCUAAACUGACGAUAUGUUCAUAAAAUUAAUAGCUUGUAGCUUGUCAAAUCUCUCCAUCAAUGUGAAAAAUAGCAGCAAAGAAUAAGAUAAAAAUGGAAAAGGCCUCCAUCCAUGAAGUAAUGUCAGAAAUGUGACGCGUAGGCUUCUUGGGCGUGUGCUACAAAACCAAGCUGGCCGUCGAACCAGAGUUGCAGUUCGGGCUCAUUGGGAGGAAUGUUUUCAGCCAACAAAUCUUCCAAAUUGACACAUUUUCCUGAAGUGAUUUGAGAGACACCCUUACAAGCAACUGGCGAGUAGCCGGGGCUGACCACGAACGGUUGCUGAAGGGGCAAGGCUGCCAACGAAGGAACCACAGUUUGACUUACAAUUGGGCGCAAAGCAAAGGCAGAAUUGACUGUAGUGGGUAGUCUGGGUAGGCUAUAAACGUUGGACGAAGAAAGUGCGGAGAACGGCAAACUAGCAAAGGAAAACACAGAUAAAAAAGGUGGAACAGCAAUAAAUGAGGACGUACCUGGCAAAGCGUUUAACUGCGAAGCGACUGGUGGAGAAGUGAAAGUGAUUGCAGUAUUCAGAGGCAGGGACCCAACAGCAGUUGAUGGCUGAGAUGCCGAAGAAGAAGACCAAGGUUGGUGUAUGCCAAUGGCGUCCAAAUGUGCCGUGUGAUUGACCAAAGAUGACUCCGACAACCCUUGAACAGAAAUGACGGGAAGGCCUUGCAUUGAAAUGGAAGGAGCGCCAACUGCGGCAGAUAACCACUGCUGUACUGUGGCCGAAAUUGGCGUCUGAUUGGCCUGAAUUACCAAAACUAAAAAUUCCGGCGAAAUUGAAGCAGAAGCCAAGGUACCAGACACUAGAGCAGGUGCUGAAGCAACUGUUGGCGAACUAUUUCUCGUACGAUUAGGCAGCAUGGCGAAUGAUGAAGGCAGUGGACCAAACAGACACAAAAAGAUAAGGCAAAGGGGCCCAACACUUGACAAUCGAAUAAUCCGGCGAAUUGAAGCCAAAUAGAUGAACAACAGGCAAAAAAGCAGCAAGGCAACUCCAAGCAAGCCACAAGGGCAAAACUACGUAGCAAUGGCUUGAAUGCGCAUGCGCAACGUGAUCACCUGGUGACAAUAGGAAAUCUCCCAGUUAACUAUGAUUAUUGAUAAUCUCGUUAAAAAAUUGCAAAAUUGCUGGGAUGGAAAAAAGUUAACAAGCUGGAAAAUUUUGUAGUUUUUGAAAGAGAAUUUCUUCUUACCUUUUCAAAUAUCAGCAUGUAAGUGUUCGUAUACCCUAAGAGGAUGUAACAAGACCACUUUUAUUCAGUUUACCACUUUUUGUAAAACUUUCCUUGUUAUUGAGGCAAGGUACUGCAGAAUCUUUUUUCAGAUUAUCCCUGAAUCAGUAACUCCUUUUAUUUUAGAACAAUUAGGGAGCUUAAUUUUAACACAAAAUUUAUCUGUUCAGUAAGUGCCUUAGAAGACAAUAACAGUAUAUAUUAGAGUUAAAUUACUAAAUUUCAUUUGCAUCUUUAGUGUUUAUAUUGCAGUCAAUUUUUCCUUUGUUUCAUAUUCAUUGGCAUACAUUACAAUACCCAAAAUUAAUGGAAAAAUAAACGUUCACUUAGAUAAAAAAAUUCACUACUUUAUUGCAUUUCAUCUCAUAGUUUAAAUUUUAGUUAAUUUUAAGACUUUAUUUAUUUUUUUUUUUGUACCAAUACAUGACCCCUCAAGCGUAUUAUUUGCUUUAAUUGCCUCUGGUGUUAAAAUAGAGGGUCUACUACAACUAUUACUGCACCUUCAACUACUACCACUGCUGUUACUGCUACAACAACUAAAAAAUGGUUUGUGAUUUUUGUUCCAGCCAGCAUAUGUCCCUCCUCCAGCUGGUUUUUACCCUGGUCCACCAGGGGGAGCUUUUCCUCCCCCUACUGGAGUUCCCCAGGGACCACUCCCACCUGGACCACCACCGUCACAUGCAGGCCCCUUUCCUCGAGGGUUCCACCCUCAUGUUGGACCUGGGCCUUUUCCACCCCACCCAGGACAUCACACUGGAUUUGCCCAUCCCUACCCUGCAGGAUCAUAUUCUGGUGGCCACACACAUGUGGUGAGUAAUAUCAAUAACCAAAUAGAAGAAUCAAAAUAAUCUAACUGAAAACAAGGUCAUUUUGUGACUCGUUUUAAAAAUACAGAUAGCUCUAACUUAAAACUUAAGAUGGUUAUCUUUAGUCAAAUUUUGGUUUGUCCUGUCGCUCUAUUUCUGUCAGUUUUGAAAUUUUCAAUAAGUAUAAUUCGUAAGGUGCCAGUUUUUUUUAAUGGUUUUUACCAAAUUGUGACAGUUAGUACAAUUACUAACACCACUAUUCAAACAUCAACUGAUUAAUAAGAGCUGUUGAUUUAUUCAUUUAUCUGGGAAGUGUAGGAAAGACGACAGUUGUUUGUUUUAGAAAUACCUGCUUUAUUUACAUAAGAGUUGGCCUUUCAAAGUGUUAUGUAUUUCGGACUGCAACUUUUAGCUAGAAUUAAAAAGUAUUAUUUACAAUAACUGAGCGAUUUCUCGCAUGCUGAUUGGUCGAGAGCUAUGGUCGAUUAGAGUACAGACCAUGGAAAUGACAUGAUGGUGGUACAAUUUGUCUUUCUCUUUCUUGUGCACACAAUUUUCCCGGAAACUUCAAUGCAAAAACAGAAAUGGGUGUCAAAAACGGUCAGUGUUAUAUACCAUUUUCAUCUGAUGUCGCAUCGGCCAUAUUGGUGUACUUAAGCAAUAGACCACACUUUCUGUGGGUUUACCGGCGUGAUAACCCACGCGGGAUGUUGGGAGAACAUGAGAAAAGCUGUCUUCUCUCUAACGUCACCAUAAGCCCAUCAUGACUCACGAUUUAAAAGCGCAGAACUUUCUCAAAACUCAGGUCAGUCAAACAACAAACAGCAGCACUUCAAAACACAAGUUUUUGCACUCAUUACAUGAUAAGUUAUGAAAGCUGUUUUUCAGGGAAAGUCAACACAUAUUCGUGCUAAGGUACAUUGAAGUUUGUUUACUACAAAAGUAGAAAAUUGAACGUCAAACUGUACGCAGCUGUAUUUUGUUGAGUCGAUCCGUAAACAUUUCGUGCUUACAGACGAAACUGGCAGCUGUUGUAAUGGAGGACUUCAUUCACCUUUUACAAGCUGCAGUGGUUUAAGAUCUGUUUUCUGGAUUUAUCAUGAUCAAGAAAUGUUGCGGUAACGACGUAGCUGCAUUUGCGAAGUUGUCGCAUGCAUGUAACGUAUGUAUGUACAGCGACCGAUGGAAAUGUGUCAGUGGUAGCUCUAAAUCUGGAGAAAGGUUUCUUUGCCGUAGCCACAUAUUAGCGUUAAUAUUUGUCGAUUUGUGAAGUCAGGUGGUUUGAAGUAGGUUAUGGCAUCGAUAUUACCGAAUAAUUUGUGCAAAUGUUGGAAAAAAACCAACGCGAAACUCUGACAUCUUUCAUCAUCGUUUACAGCUUGUUUACAAUCUACAGCGGGCGAUUUUGUACCAUAACUUGAUCAGAUAUCUCUUUUCGGAACAAUUUCUUUCAUUCAGGAAUUUAAUUUUGACAUAAAAUAAAUCAAGAAUGCUAAAACUAUCCGUUUUGUUGCUGGCUGGCACAUGGUUAAACUUUCUUAAAGACUUUCUACACCAGAAAUUCACACAGUUGUUGUGUUUCUCUGCGAUUUGGCAUCGUCGUUAAAUGUAAACUGCUUUCCAGCUUUGUACUUUAUAACUUUUAAAGCUAUGGCAGUAGCGAAUUGUGAUGCUCUGUAAUAAAAUGUGGAAGCCAACACUUUUUAAUAUUAAGAAGGGCUAGGUAAGUAACUUGUUCUGUUUUUUAUUCUUUCUAAAAUCGUUGUUUGCAGAUCAAUAGCCCGUUUUGUUUAUGGCUCGUGUUCUGGGUGCCUUUUUCUAUGGGUUUACCGGUAUAAUAAACCAUGGGUUUUUGACCAAUCAGAUCGCGCGUACUAUCUCAGUUAUUUUAUAAAAAGCAAUGAAGUGGCAACAAUGCUGGUGUACCAAAAAUCCAGCAGGAAUUGAACUCUUAUCUCAUGUUAAAAAUUUUUUUUGUCCCGAGAGAUUUGCAUAGCCACUGACCACGAAAACAAUCUAUUGUAAAAGCAAUUUCCUAUGGCCUCCACUCUUAUUGUCCAAAGAAACGACAUCAAAAUGUUCAAAAUUCAAGUGGGACCAUAAGCUGCAGGUGAGCAGUUUCACUGCAAAGUUUUGAAUAUUUUGAUGUCAUUUUUUGGAUAAUAAGAGUAUAGACUAUGGACCAUUUUUGUCCAUUUGUUGAUUUUUCUUUCAUCACAGGAUGUGGAAAGCGAUGACAGUGACCCAUCUGAAUAUCGUAAGUUGUAAGAUACAUAAGUAGCCUGGUAAAUAGACUGGGUUUUACUGAGCCAGUUUGCAAAAUAAACUGAAUUGUGCAACUUUACAAACCUAAAAAUAUCUUAAGGUUAAAAAAAAGAGAAAAUAUAAUAACAUUACUAAAUCACUACGUUGUAAUUAAAAAAUUUAAAAUGUAAACUGCAAGUCAUGAAUACAUUGCCAUAAAACUACUCUUGUUGAUAAAAGUGUCCGCAAAUCUCUUUGUUUUAGUUUUGCGUAGGUCGAAGAUCUUCUGUCUCCUUAAAUUAUAAGUUGGCCCGUUGCACUUUUUAGGUAACAAAUUAUGCAACUAAUUUGAAAAGGGGCUUGGUUAUUUGUUCUUGAUGGACUCUCAUGCAGUCGAUACCGGCGAGACUUAAAGCGUCCUUGUAAGAAACUCCAGGGACGAUACACGAGAGGGCCCUCUUUUGCACUCUCUCAAGUUUGCCUUGCAGGUGCUUUAGUAACGCAUAGUGGAAAACUGGGCAUGAAUAAUCUACCGAAGAUCUAAUACAGGUGCAGUAGUAUGCUACGAGAUCUUCAGAAGGAACCUGCGCACGUUUCAGUUGAACCAGAAAGUAGUGUUUUCUAGAUGCUUACGUUGCUAUUUCCUCAAUGUGGUCAUUCUAAGUUAAGUUACCAUUGAGCGUAACUCCAAGUAGCUUUGCGCACUGAACUGACCCGAUAGAUUUUCUGCCAAUACAUGCCCUUGGGAACAGAGGGCGUUGAUGACUGAAACUGAUUGUGAGUUCCUUUGUCUUGUCAAGCUUUACCUCAAACAGAUUUGUCUUCGACCUGUCGUGUAUUAGGUCCACUAGAUCUUGAGCCUUGCGCUGCUGGCCUUUGGGUAUAGUCUCCGAUACCGUGGUAUCGUCAGCUAUUUCCGCAUGUUGAAAAUGCCGGAGGAAAAGCCCAGGGUCCGACUUGGUCCCCUGGGGCACUCCAGAUGGUUCUUUACCCACUCAGACAGUCGUUGUUGAGUUUGACUCUCUGGGAUCUGUCUGAAAGGAAGUCAAUAACCCAAUUUAUGAUACUGUUAGGAACGUUGAUCUGUUUUAGUUUCGUGAUUAAGAUACUGUGAUCUAUAAGAUCAAAAGCUCUGCGGUAGUCAAAAAGAAAUACUCGCACUGUCGCACCGUUGCCAUCUGUAGCUUCAAGCCACUUGUGCACCAUACUAAUAAGUGCCAGCACGGUGGAAGAAACAGGUAUGAUGCCAAACUGGUUAGGGUCGACCACAUCCUCCAAUGCCAGUUUGAUGUAGUCGGAGACUACAAAGUCCUCAGCAAUUUUAGAGAGGGCUGAAGUGGCAAAUGAAGUUUUUUCGAUAUCUUAGGCCAUGGGAACUAAACAUUGCUGUUUUAUACUCCCACUAAACGGUAAGACAUUUGUUUGAUAGGGAACAAUGAUUGUAAUGAUUUUUUUAUUCUGUAUUUGUUAGCCCUGUAUUCAAAAGAAGACAAGCAUCCAAUGGAAGUGACAUUCAUCAACAAGACAGAUAAGAAAGUACAGGUAUUCUGGAUCAAUAAGAAAGGAAGACGAAAGAGGAAAGGGAAGAUAAAACAUGGGCAUUCAAAGACCAUCGAUACCUAUGAGACCCAUAUCUUCAUGGCUUUCAACAAGAAACUGAGCCGUGAGCCACUGUUGAUUAACGGCAGCCCAGUGUUUUAUGCCUUUCCACACAACCAUGGUGACAAACAUGUAAAUGUAGAAAUAAAGAAACCAACAGGUUAGAAUUCACACUCGUGUUAGUGCAGCCAUAGUAUUAACCUUGUCUUCACACCUGAUACACCCUACAGAUUUUUGUGCGAUUUGUUAUAGCAAUAAAGCAGUUUAUAUUUCAUCGGUACAAUCCACCAAAUUAUGAACAAUAAUGUGAACAUUUUUGUCAACAGGCCAGGGACACAUUAAUUCACAAAAAGGAAAACAGGGAAAAGAAGCAACCAGAAAGAGUCCUGAAAGUCAAGCUUGCUCUGUAGUCUCUUUCUAUGCCUUUACAAACAAGAAAAGUUGUUUAAAUUGCACUGUAAAUGAAGCAAGGAUAGAUUUCAUCCCAACCUUAGCCGUUUAUACUGAAUAACGAUCAUCAUCAUCAUCGUUGUUAUUCGUACUAUUCUGGUAUUUCAGACUAAAAAAGAUAACAUAUAGAGAAAUGCAGAGGACAAAAUAUAGAUUUUAUAACUAGAACAUAUUUAAUUUUUAAAUCAGUUUACAUCAGCCUAAAAUGCAAAGUGGGGAAGCUUUCAAGUUGGCCACGACCUCUUUGCAAAUGGGGAGAGGAACAAAGGAAGAAGCAAUAAUUAUGAUUACAUUUAUUGGUGAGGGAAGCGUAUAGCAGUCUGUAUCAUAUCAGGGGAAAAAUGUAUCGAUGCAGCCCUAGUGGUUUUAAAGUGAUUAAUAACUGUUCUUUUCUAUGCCAUGGUGUCUCACAAUAGAGUUAAUUUUCUUCAAACAAGUUGUUGAAAUAACAUAAUCAUUAUUACAAAUAUUAAAUCUACAGCAAGUUCCUUGGACAGGCUGAGAUCAGACGUUCAUGUUACAACCCCAGUAGAGGUGAAGUUUAUUAACCGUUCAAGGCGCGAAGUUCAGUUGGAGUGGGUAAACCCUCAGGGUCACCGUGAGAAAAAGAAAUUGCUCCAAAAGGGGAGAUGCUGGCGGACCUCAACUUGGGAAGGUCACUGCUGGGUUUGCUGUGAUCCUAAACACAGCAACCAUUUAUUUGCAUUGAAUUAUGCCCUGCAUUACAGGGUGCAGAAGACCAGGAGACUGAGAGAGAGAGUUGUGAUUACUGCAGGUAUUGUAAAAAUUGUGUCAUUCAAUGUGUCAAACUCUGCAGAACGGUAAAAUUUCCGGAUCCUCCUUUUUCCCCAGGGUCACAUUAAUUUUGUUGUUUAGAUACUAUGGGACCCGACAGUAAGGAAAACAAAGACAGUGUCCAUGUCAAUAGAGACCUUAAGAUAAACCGUCUCCUUGUACGGGACAGGUAAAUUACCUGUACCCAUAGCCAUAACCACGGGUAGAUUGCCUCUUACCCCAAAGAAACGGGUAGGCAACCGAGUAGAAGGGUAACGCCAUUAUCAUAUCUGGAAAAUCGUGGUUGCCUCUAAUAUAACUACGUGGCAAACAUGUUCGCCUACCCUUGCCCAUGGACUGAAACGGUGCAUCUUAAGGUCACUAAUAAGAGUCCUUAUUGAACGGAUCAACAUUACAAUGGAAAAUUUUGUUGAAACAAAUAAAACAGUGUGUUCAAUACUUUUACUUCUAAUCAAAUAGACGGUUACUUACCUGUUACAAAAUGUUUCCAGAGUAUAUGGUUGAAACAUAAAUAAAACACAAUUGUUGAGACAUUUCCAAAAAAACUGAACGUUUAAACAAAGAGUAAUCUUGUUUUCUUGUUUUGGUAAAUGGGCCUGAUUUGUGCAAAUGGAAAACACAUUUUUGGACUGGACUAACCAAUCCUAAAUUUUGUGUUACAUUUCCCAAGGGAAGGAAUAACUGAGUGAAUCAAGUUCCAUUUAGGGUCAUUAUACUUGGGAAACUGACUUUAUACACUCAUGCAGUUUUCUAACCCUAUUCACUAAACUUCAGAGUCAUUAGGCGUUCUAGAUUAGUCCAUAUGGGUAGUCCCUGGACUGGGGGUCAGUGUUUUGUCCACCACCAUAAGUAUUAUUUCCUAUGUUUUUGUCUCAUUGUUUUCUUUUUUUGUUUCAGAUAUGAACAUUUCUGGAAGUAGCAGUAGUAGCAGUAGUAGCAGUGAUUAGUUUUAUUAGAAAGUAAUAGUGGAGUCAAAAUGUAGUGUGCUUUGCCACGUCCGUGUUGAAAAUGACAUUUAUGAAUGAAAAGGUUGAAUUAAGUACACUAGGGUGCGGAUUCAGUAAUGACCAGAAAAUGCACUAAAAAUUGUAAAACUGCCAAAGGAUUGCAUAAAUAUUCAUAGAAUUGCCAGUUAUUAACACGCCUUUUCCCACAUUUGAUGCAUUAAGUUUUAACAGAAUGCUGAUCAAUGAAAUAUUACUUUUCAAAACUGGCCCAGACCAUGAACCUUAGGGACACACUGUUUAUGGUACAGAUGAAUCGGUGAUUUUGGAAACUAUGAUAGUAACAAUACCUGAUAUCAGGCGGAAUAUGUUUCACUCCCACUUGUUAUUCAACAAUAUAUAAAUUUAGCCAAGACUAAAGGCGAAGCUUCCUUUAAUAAAUUAAUAAUUUAUGUAGUAUGGUAGGGAUAUUUUACUCCGUUUGUUUGUGGUGGAAUGUUAUUAAUUUGCCGUGGAAUACAUUAACGCCGAUGACGUCAUAGCCGCUUGCUUUAUCUCAUGAGUAAAAUGCGGUGGAAUCUCAUUUAGUCUCUGUACAGAGGGGAGGGGGCGGCUGUACGCAGGCUGAAUCUCCUUAUGAUAACGUCAUGUGCUAUUUUCAGGUGGUUUAACUGGUCUGACAUGUAGGGUCGAUUUGGGGUCGAUAUGGUGGAGGGAAAAUCAAAAUUUUACAAAUAAAAUGAAAAGGGGAAAUGAAUUAAUUGUGGAGGAGUAGGAGGGGAGUGGGGUAAGUAAAACAUUGUCUUUCGUGCUAAAAAAAAGCUAGUUUGCCUUCGCCCUUAUUAAUGUGCACGCUUUGCCCGCCAAGAACCAGUGAACUAGAACAAUAACAGCGAUGGAAAAUAGGACGUGCAUAGUUAAGUUACGACUUUGUGAUUGUGAGUUAGAGGCGAGUUUGAGUUUAUUCCUCAGACACCAUCAAUUAACCAACGAAAAUGUUUCUUAUUUUCUAAUCAACCAAUCGAAGACCAAGACAUUUACCGACCUUUAAGUAACUGUCCUUAUCUUAAUGAGAUUCCACCGCAUUUGAUUCAUGACAUAAAAACAAAAGAAUAAGUUUUUACCCCCAUUUCAACAAUCGAACUGUCGAACUAUUUUGUAUGCUCAACACUGCUUUAUGAUUUAAGGUAACCGUUAGCGUAUAAAAAAUGGCGGUCUCAAUUUUGUGGCUUAGAGAUAAUAAAGGGAAACUUUCCUCGCCGGCGUAAAGGCUAAAGGUCUGGGUAGUCACACUUGAAGGAAUAGACGAGAGGGCCUGUUCCCUUUCACUUACGCUUACAUG